AGUAAAUUAGAGAUUGAUGCACGCAGUAGUAAUUAAGACAGGCAUCGUAAUCCCCCCUUGUUUUUGGUUUAGUAGUAAAUCUGCCUGCUGCUCUAAGUAGUAGUUAAAAAAACAGAGAAGCGGGGUGGGCUGCGUAUAAAUAGCCGGCCGGAAAGGGGGAAACGGGCAGGCAAACAACAACACACACUCGCGAGUCGCGAGCACAGAUCGAACAGGCAGGCGGCCUCCGAUCUGUCGCCAUUGUCUCGUUGUGUUGUCCCGGAGGAGCAGCAGCAGGAGCAGGAGCGAUCAGGCCAACGCUUUGGACUCCUGGACCUACCCCGAUGGCGCCAGCCUCCUCUCCGAUGAGACAGUAAUCCAGCGAGCGCGAGUGAGAGACAACCAGCAACCAUGAGGCCAGACACGGCGGCCUCCGCCUCUCCGACUCCGAAGAAGAAACCCGACAGUAAAGCCGCGCUGGACCUCGCGUCGUGGAGCUUCAACGUCACCACGUCCGUCGGGCUCAUCAUGGUCAACAAGGCUCUAAUGGCGACGUACGGGUUCACGUUCGCCACGACGUUAACGGGGCUGCAUUUCGCGACCACCACCGUGAUGACCCUCGUGUUCCGGUGGGUCGGCCUCAGCCAGCCGUCGCAGCUGCCGUUACCGGACCUAGCCAAGUUCGUGGUGUUCUCCAACCUGUCCAUCGUGGGGAUGAACGUCAGCCUGAUGUGGAACUCCGUCGGCUUCUACCAGGUAGCCAAGCUCUGCAUGAUCCCGGCGUCGUGCCUCCUGGAGGUGGUCUUGGACCGCGUGCACUACUCCCGGGACACCAGGCUCAGCAUCGCGGUCGUGCUCGCAGGAGUGGCGGUGUGCACCGUCACUGACGUGAGCGUCAACGCCAGAGGCCUGGUCGCGGCCGUCGUGGCUGUCUGGAGCACGGCUCUGCAGCAGUAUUAUGUUCAUUUCCUCCAGCGCAAGCACUCUCUCAACUCGUUCAGCCUGCUGGGCCACACGGCGCCGGCGCAGGCAGGGUCGCUGCUGCUGGCAGGGCCGUUCGUUGACUACCUGCUGACAGGGCAAAGGGUGGACCACUUCAGCUUCUCGUCUCUCGCUCUGUUGUUCCUCGCGCUGUCGUGCUUCAUCGCGAUCGGGGUCAACCUGAGCCAGUUCAUCUGCAUCGGCCGCUUCUCCGCCGUGUCCUUCCAGGUCCUGGGCCACAUGAAGACCGUGCUCGUCCUCUCCCUCGGCUUCCUCUUCUUCGGCAAGGAAGGCCUCAGCCUCCAGGUCGUCCUCGGGAUGGCCCUCGCCGUCCUCGGGAUGGUGUGGUACGGGAACGCGUCCGCUAAACCGGGCGGCAAGGAGCGCCGCGGCAAAGACCUGCCGGUGACCCUCAAACAAGACAAGGACGACACUGACAAAUAAUCAUUUGUUAUAGUUACAGGUAUACGUGUAAUCGUUUAAUCACAUGGUGCAAUUGUUUGCCAAAACAUUGAACAAUUUCCCUUGGUAUACGUGUUUUUGUGUGUGUUUGCCAAAACAUUGAACGAUUUGGUUUGUAAACGCGUA